AUGUGGAAGAAAACCAAAGUGACAGAAUACACUGCCGAUGGGCAGGUGAUCAUCAGGAAACGAUCCAAGGUUCCUGGUGUCAUGAUCACACAGUAUGUGGAAGAACUUCCAGAAGGAAAGACCACCCCGGACUUCAUCCGGAAACCCAUCGCCUUAACUAUUCAGGAGGGAAAGUUUGCCUUCUUCAAAGCAAUUGUGACAGGCGACCCUACACCAACGGUAACAUGGGCAAGAAACAAUGGAGAUGUCACAGAUCCAGAAAAAUACCAAUGUACAUAUGACCCUGCAUCUGGCGAACACAUGUUACAGAUGCCUAAUGUAUCUACAGACCAUGCAGAUACAUACAAAUGCUAUGCUACAAAUGAGUUUGGAAAGGCUGUUGUUACCAGCACACUGAAUGUGAUUGAAGUUGGAUUCAAGAAGAGUAAGGCAUUACAGGAGUCAAGAACAGCCCCAAGAGAGAAUGCAACACAGUUUAAAAAAAUGCUCAAGACACGUGUUGAACGUGAGAAACCAGAAAAGAAGGAAGGAGAAAUUGAUGAAAAGUUCUGGGAGCUGCUGCUGAGUGCAGAUAAGAAGGACUAUGAACGUAUCUGUGCUGAGUACGGGAUCACUGACUUCCGCUGGAUGCUCAAGAAACUGAAUGAAAUAAAAAAAGAGAGAGAAGAAGAGCAAGCACUGUAUGUUGAACAUCUGAGCAACCUGAAGCAUAUAGAAGUUAAAGGGAUUGGCCUGGCACAGUUUGAAUUUGACAUGGAGCUCAAAGACCCCAACAGUAAGAUUUUCCUUUACAAGGAUGGCGUCAUGGUUCCUUUUGGUGAUGAAGUGGACGUGAAGCACAACUUAAAACAAAUUGGCAAGAAGUUUGUGUUCACUGUGAAAGAUCUGCUACCAGAAGAUGCUGGGAUGUACCAGGUGGACGUUGAGGGUGUAAACGUCUUCUCGACUGACUUCAAGAUUCCCACAGUUGAGUUUAUCGUCAAGAUUCAGGAAGUGAAGGCCAUGGAGAGAGAGGAUGCUGUCUUUGAGUGUGUUUUAUCCCACCCCCUUCCAAAGAUUACAUGGAUGGGUAAAAAUGCUCCACUGGAGCAAGGGGAAAAGUAUGACAUCAUAGUUUCUGAGGACAAGCUCAUCCACAGAUUAGUGGUGAAGGACUGUAUGCAGUUGGAUAAGGGCAUCUAUGCAGCUGUGGCUGGCAUCAAGUCUUGCAAUGCCUGGCUUGUAGUAGAAGCUGACAAUGAUCCAAAUCUGCACGGCAAAAAGAAAGCUAGAAAAACCACCCAGGCUGGAGGGUCAGGAGUCGACCUGCAGAAAAUUGCCCAGGAGCAGCAGACCAAACUGCAGAAGGAGAGGGAAGAGAGAAUGGAGGUGAUUCAAAAAGCCAAAGAGGAGAAGGAGGCAGCUGAAAAGGUGGCUGUGGACACUGGAUCUGGAUCUGUAGGGAAAGAGAAGAAGAAUGACAGUAGCAAGGCACUCUCUGGACUUGACAAGGGAUCAGGACAAGAUAGCUCAGGCAGAAAUGUGCCUGUUAAUGAUGUACCUGUCAAAGAUGCACCUGUUGAAGCUGUGCCUGUUAAUGGAGUAUCUGUCAAAGAUGCACCUGUUCAAGAUUCACCUGUAAAAGACGGACUUGAUGAAGAUGUAUCUGCUGGAGAUGGAACAGAGGGCCAGACCAAAAAGCGCAUUAGGACUGGUCCACUGGUUCCAGACACUAUCAUAGAUCCUGGAGUUCACUUUACCAGUGGCCUGGAGGACAUCAAAGCUAUCCUGGGCAACUCAGCAGAGAUGGUCUGUAAGCUGAGCAGUGAGAAUUGUGAUGGAAUCUGGUACAAAGAUGGGAAGAAGCUGUCCUCCACAGAUGAACUGGUGAUAUCUAAAGAUGGGGCCUACCACAAACUUAAGAUACAUAAAUGCCAGGAAGAAGAUGCUGGAAAAUACCGCUUUGAGGCAGAUGGACGUAAAACAGAAGCAAUGCUUGUUGUGGAAGACCCACCCAGGUUUGAUCCUGAAGCCCUGGGAGAAUUCUCAAAGCCAGUCAUUGUGAAAGCAGGUGAAAAAGCUGCUUUUAAGAUGCCCUUUGUGGGCCGGGAUCCAAUGAAGGUACAGUGGUACAAGGAGGGUGAGGAGCUGCUGGAUGACACCAAUGUCAAGCUGGAGAUAACGCCCAAUCACAGCCGCCUGCUUCUGAGCAAAUGCCAAAGAAGAGGCACUGGAGAAAUCAAGAUAAAGAUUAAGAAUGAGUUUGGUACCAUUGAGGCCUUCUCCCAACUCAUUGUCCUAGACAAGCCCACCCCACCACAAGGCCCAGUGGAUGUGAUUGAAAGCUCUGCCCACUGUAUUGAUUUCAAGUGGAGGCCCCCAAAGGACAGCGGUGGCUCUCCAGUCAUAAACUACAACCUGGAGCGUCAGCAGGUGGGACGUAACACCUGGAAGAAAAUUGGAGACAUUCCUGGAGACCCUCCCGGUUACAAGGACACAGACGUGGAUCACGGCAGAAAGUACUGCUACCGCAUCAAGGCCAUUACUGCACAGGGUGUCAGUGAGGUGAUGGAGACAGAUGACAUCCAGGCUGGCACUAAAGCAUACCCUGGUCCUCCUGCUGCACCCAAAGUGGUCAGUGCUUUCAAGGACUGCAUCAAUCUGUCAUGGGCUGCCCCAGCCAACACUGGAGGAACCAACAUUGUGGGCUACAACCUGGAGAAACGCAAGAAUGGCAGCAACCUCUGGAGCCAAGUGAACCCUGUGGAUGAGCCCAUUAAAGAGAAAAAAUAUGCAGUGAAAGACGUUGUUGAGGGGUUGGAAUAUGAAUUCCGUGUGGCGGCAAUAAACUUUUCUGGGGCUGGCGAACCCAGUUCCCCAUCGGAUUUUGUGUUUGCUAGAGACCCCAAAAAGCCCCCUGGCAAAGUAAUUGAUCUGAAGGUGACAGACUCAACCUACACCACCUUGUCCCUGGCAUGGACGAAACCCAAAGAGGAAGAGGGUGUCCAAGAUGAGGCUAAAGGGUAUUUUAUAGAGAUCAGGCCAGCAGAGAACCCAGAGUGGCACCGCUGUAACACUAACACCAUCAUCAUGACUAGCUACACUAUAAAGGGUCUGAAGUCGAUGGCUAUGUACUGGGUGAGGGUGAUCGCCACCAAUGAAGGAGGAGAGGGGGAGCCCCAAGACCUUGACAACUACAUCAUCGCCAUGCCUCCCCCAGUGAGACCACGAUUCACAGAUGCUAAGAUGAAGAGUUUCAUGGUAGUCAGAGCAGGAAAUUCAGCACGAGUGAAUAUAAACUUUGAGGCUUCCCCUAUGCCAGAUAUCACAUGGCUGAAAGAUGGCAUGCCUGUGUCUAAACGGAUAACCAUUAGCAAUGCUGAGGGGGGAUCACAGCUCCUGAUUGCCACGUCAGAGCGCUCUGACACAGGUGUCUAUACCAUAAUAGUCAAGAACCUGGUUGGCCAGGAAACAUUCAGCACUGAGAUCAGAGUCACAGAUGACCCCAAGCCCCCAGGCCCAGUGGAGCUGCAGGAGAAUGUUCCAGGCACGGUGACUGUCUCCUGGACGCCCUCUCCAGAUGAGAAACGUGACGACAGGCUGCACUACACGGUGUCCAAACGUGACUCCAUCAAACGGACCUGGGUGACUGUGGCUGACCGCCUCUUCAAUAACAACUUUACUGCAGUGAACAUCAUGCCCGGACGGGAAUACCGCUUCCGUGUGUAUUCCAAGAAUGAUAUGGGCACCUCCGAACCCUCCGAGUCACCAACCUGGGGAAUCACCAGAAAGAAAGAGAAGUAUACAGUGACUAUGCCCACAUCCAAGGGCUGCAGCUUCGAGACGCCACCAUCGUUCACCGUCCCGCUGAAAACACACACCUCCCCAGAGAGCUACGAGUGCUACAUGAGCUGUGCUGUGAGGGGUGACCCCGCGCCUCAUGUCACAUGGUAUCGAAACAACAUCAGCCUCAACACAAACAGCAACUACUACAUCUCCAACACCUGUGGCGUCUGCUCCAUGCUCAUCCUCAGGGUUGGGCCCAAGGACACGGGCGAGUACAAAGUUAUUGCAGAGAACCGUCUGGGCCGGGCGGAGUGCUCCACCAACCUCAUCGUCAGAGGUCCCACUCUAACCUGCGAAGCUCCCGUUAGCUCAGAGGAAUCAGCUGCAGCAGCAGUUUAA